CAUUGCGUUCGUGCAUGUGAGAUUCGCUCAUUCUUUGCUCGUAUAAGUUUAAUCGGCAAGUGCUUUAGGUUAGUGGUCUCCGCACUCCAACUUGAUAUUUUCUUCUUCAAGUUUAGUGACCUUGUACAUAAGAAUGGCUCGACUUGUCUCAAGAAGUGAAUCCUAUACUCGUGUAGCAAUAUUUCCAUUCCUCCUGAUGACGGCAUUACUUAGCAGGAAUUGUGCCUCGGUAAAUCAGCGGGGACAGGAUUUGGACACGUACAAGGCAGCAGUGGUCGAGUAUCAGCCUGAGGGGAGCCCGUGGCAGGACACAGGACCUCAAAUCAUAUCGAAGAACCUUGCCAAUUAUCUGCAGUUCAUCGGAAACGCAUCCGCCAAUGGCGUCGACAUUAUAGUUUUCCCCGAAUACGGACUCACAACGUUGGGGAUUCCAAGGGACCGAGAUGCAGCGAAGCCAUUUCUGCUCUCAGUGCCUCCAAUUGGAAGCAACCCUUGCAGGGAGCAGUUAGGGUCCCAAGCCGUUCAAGAAAUGUCCUGUGCCGCCCAGUCCUUCAACAUCUACGUCGUCGUGAAUUGUGGAGAAAUUCGAGAUUGUACAGGACAACCCAAUUGCCCACCCGAUAACGUUUUCCAGUUCAACAGCAAUAUUGUAUUUGACCGGGUCGGAAAUCUGGUGGCAAAGUAUGAGAAAGCCAACUUGUACUUUGAAGACCAGUUUGAUAAACCUGACCCCGUGCAGCUGAACACUUUUGUGACCGACUUUGGAGUGACCUUUGGCCUAUUUACCUGCUUUGACAUUAUUUUCCAUGAUCCAGCAGUGGCCUUGGUGGAGAUGGGAGUGCAACAUUUCAUUUUCCCAACUGCUUGGGUGGAUGAGUUGCCUUUUCUGACCGCAAUUCAGGCCCAAGCCUCGUGGGCAUACGGGUCGAAUUCCAACCUCCUCGGGUCGGGCUAUCACCAACCGUUGGGAGGUCAGUUGGGGAGCGGAAUUUACGAAGGUGUUCGUGGCGCCGUGACCUACACUUUCGACUCUGACUCUGGAUCCACCAUGCUCGUGGGAAACUUGCCCACUCGGCCACAACCCCGACACAAGAUUGCUGAUGUGAAUACGAAAUUCGACUCUGACGUCGAGUUGAAGUCCAACGUGGCCGCCUACCAUUCUUUCCUCAGAGAAGACCUGCAAAACUACACAACGGCAGUACUGAACUUUGCCCUGGACCAAGAAUUACUCUGCACGGAGAAUGAAUUCUGCUGUCAAGUGAACUAUAAAAUGAGGAAUGUGUCGGGUCCAAUUUCUCUCGAAAAUUACAGACUCGUCGUUUUCAACGGGACUCGAACGGUAGCAGCAAAGACGGCCGAGUACGAUUGGCAAGUGUGUGCAGUUGUCCGAUGUCUCAAUUACACGUUGGAGUCAUGUUCCGAGAACGACAAGGCAUCUUCAGAAAUUCACCUUCCAAAUUUUGAGACGUUUCAGCUGAAAGCUUUUUUUGACGUCAAGCCCGAGACAACGGAAUUCUUGCCUACUUUCAACGCAUUGGACGCCCAGUUUGCCUUAAUCUCGCCCAGUCUUUUUUCCAUCGAGACCAAUGUAGGUGAAAAUAGUGCUAUGCAAAUCUCGUCAAAUUCGCUAGGCCAAGUUAACAUAAAAACUGUAGCACUCAUCAAAAAGGUGUUUGAGACGGAGUGAAUAAAAAUUUGUGCAGCGAGAGGUGUUACGUUGCAUCAGCAUCAUGCAAUUCAA